GCGCUACCACCCAUGGCCCGACCGAGACGGCCCAUGGGGGAGCAUCGCGUGCGGCCGCCGUGAUCAUGCAAGUACUACCGGAGCCGUGGUCGAUGGGGCGUCUUCCCCAAAGACCGUCCUGUGUGCCAUUCCAUACUCCUCGUUGAUCCAGUCCCCAUGGCGGACCAGGCGAAGACCAUCUCCUUCGGCGACAGGGUCGGCAUUGCGUCGACGACCCUGAAAGCUAUGACGGCCGCAUCUGCUCGACUCUGGACGUCGCCGUUCAAGGGCCAGCAUGGCGCACACAACUACUUCAAGGACGUCGUCUUCCAAUUGAUGCGCACCCAGCUGGGCAACAUCAACAUUGACCAGGAGACGUACACGCGCGUUCCGACGACCGAGGCCUACCUCAGCUUCUGCAAAGACCAUGGCAUACCCCCCGCGAGCGUCACGCUUCCAAGCGGCACCCAGGCGCACUGGCUCGGCAACAAGGACGCGAAGAGGGUCCUCCUCUGGCUGCAUGGCGGUGGUUACGUCUUAGCUGGAAGUGCCGGUCACUUCUCGUAUCUGGUCGACAUGAAAGACACGCUCAACGCCCAAGGCUCCGAUACCGCCGUCCUCGUCCUCGCCUACGGCCUCGCCCCUGAGAAUGCAUAUCCCACGCAAUUGACACAAGCCGUCGAGGUCCUCCGAUAUCUCGUGAAGACCACCGGUCGCAUCCCUUCAGACAUCAGCAUCGGCGGCGACUCGGCAGGUGGCAACCUUUGCCUCGGGCUUAUAUCGCACAUUGCGCACCCUCACCCCGAGAUUCCAGCGCUGCCCCUGCCCACAAAACUGCACGCUGCGCUGCUUCUGUCGCCGUGGUGCUCCUUCAACACGCAUACACGCGCCUACCAGACAAAUGCCGAGAAGGACUGCUUCGAUGGGAGAGCGCUCGAGCGCUGGUCGUCUGCCUUCCUGGGCAGCGACUCGCCCUUUGCCGGUGACUUCUACAACGAGCCCGUCACAGCGCCGGCGUCAUGGUGGGAAGCUACAGCGUCUGUGGUUGGCGAGGUGCUGGUCUGGGCUGGUGGCAAUGAGAUCCUGCUUGACGGUAUUGAGGAGUGGGCGAGGCGCUUCACAAAGGGCUACGGGAAACAGGGCGGUCGCGUGAACGUGGUCGUUACGCCGAAGGCUGCGCAUAUGGAGCCAAUUUUGGAGCUGUUGUUGGGGUACAAGGGCGACAGUGGGACAGGGAGCGCGAAGGUCGUGAAGGAUUGGGCAAGAGCGAAGCUGUAAAUUUAGUAUUGUAUGAAACCC